ACCUCAACUCAACUGAACUGAAUAAUGCCAACAAAGCGUAGCACUAGAAGCAAUAUUUCUUCACCAACGGCGUCUCCUCAGAGCAGAAGAAGAACUGCUGCGAGGAAAGCAGAUCUUUCUGGUUUGGAUUUAGAUCCCGAACCUGCUGAUGAUGACGAGUACAGUGAACCAGGACAGGAUGAAGACCCUGAUGAUUCUAUACUAAACGAUGAAGAAGAUGUUAAGCCUGCCAAACGGAAAAGAGAUAUUCUGAGUGUCAAAUCUAAAGAUUCUGACGACGACGAUGACGACGAGGAAGAUGACGAGGAAGAUGACAAAGAGGAAGAAGAUGAUGAAAAAGAAGAGUAUGCGAGAGACAACGAUGAAGAAGAAAAUCAGGAAGGACAACCCAAGCCCAAAGUAGGACCAAAGAUUAAGAUCAAGAAACCGGCUCCCAAGAAAAGAGGAAGAAAGAGAACCAAGUUAACGUUGGCAGAAGAUGGAGUUUACUACGAUGAAGAGGGCAACUUGUUACGCGUUACCAAUGACGAAAUCGUGGUAGAUGAUGAAGAUCCCAAGGCAAUCGAAAAGAUCGAUAUCGAUGGUAACUUACUUGGAGGAAGAAGGUUCAUAAAUAAAACAUUCACAGUUUUGGGUCAAGGCGACAGG